CGUCAACAAAGAGAUGAGCAGGUCAUCGAGACGGGUGUCCUUAAGACCACCCUUUCUCGCCUUCGUGAGCGGGGUUCGGACAGCGAGUGUGAUCACCUAUUAGCAGGAAGUGUUAGCCAAUAACCGCCAGACGAAAUGACAGCGGCGGCAACAUACAACAUCGUCAGGGUUCUUGGCCAAGAGCUUGUCUUUGGCGGCACUAGGACUAGAGCCUGAGAUCUGGUUCGCGAUAGAGGAUAACCGCUGCUGAGGCGUAGACAUUGUCGUGGUUGGUUUAUGCCGCUGUACAAGUGGAUGAGAGAAAAAGAAAGUCGGGCAAGCAAUCGGUGGCCCCACGGUAUGAUAUAUGAUCUCGGAUCAGCUGGCAGUCUUCAUGAACCGCGGCUCUGGGGAAGAUUCAAAAUCAGAAAUCCAGCCGAGAGCAAAGGUGGGCCAAACAACAGAGCCGAGAACCGGUUAACUCAGUUACAAGUACUACUUGUUCCUGGCGAUCGCACCCUCUAAACGCUUAUGAAGCUGGCUAAUUUAUACUUGAUGUAGUGGUCGCACAGUAGAUCCGAAGCUGCCUCAUAUCUGCAGCAUAGAGCCCAAAUCCUAAAAGAUCCCGAGGAUGAUAGUCUCGCGGAGAGGUUGAGAGCUGGAGAUUUGCCCCAAUCUCGGGACAGAAUGUGUGGCCCCAAAGCCGAUGGCCAGUGCCGCAGACUUGUAACACAGGUGUAAUAUACAGUAAUAUAUACGGCCUCGGUUGUCGGUGUGCACACAAGUUGAACGAGGAAGUCUUCGUUCUUCAUCAAUACCAACUCAGAAUUUUACUGAAUUUGUCUAGGCUGAAUAUAAAAUUGGCAUUGUCUUUAGGCAUUUCUCCCAGCCCAGUAUAUCAAGUAAAGCUCGCUGUUCAUAAUUAGGGCAGAUUGCGGACGCAGGACGCUGAACUCCAAGGAAUACGAUUGUGGGGGAGUCCCGGUCUCUUGAAAGGUGGUUCCGUGGGGGAGACGGAGAAAUCACCCUCACUCCCGAGUUGAUUUUGGGCCUUGAUACCUGUGACUGGUUCUCGGCCCUCGUUAAUCAGACUUGACAUGACGCACCACCGACCGACGCAGGGGGGAGUUGCUCUCCAGUGACCGCGUUGUGGGCGGCAAAUCGGCCGCCUCCAGCUCCCGUCCCCAGAUUCCGUCCCUGACUCGGUCUUUAGGAUAGUGCGAGGCACGCAGCCGGAGAACAAGUUAAAAGAGUUGGGGCAACCUCGGGGCAUAUGGGGGUUUGAUUUUGUUUCCUCUUUUACCAGUCGGUUUGGUCAUAAAUCUCAUCGACAUACAUACCUUACAAUGGAGAUCCUCUCCGAGAUCAGUCUGCCCGCCGUGGCAGCGGCGUCAGCCUUGUCAAUCGCCGCUGGUGCUUAUUUGAAUGCCAAACUCUCUAUUUCAACAGAUCUGACUACUAUUCUCAAUGAUCGGGCAUUUGCGAAUCGACUGGGCCAACGUAUAGCUCAACUGGGCGAUACUACCACUGUGUAUGGAAUGCUUCAUCGAGUGGUGGAAGUGGAGGGACGUGGCUCGACGGAAGCGCUUUGGUUUGAAGGGAAAACAUGGACAUAUGCCGAGCUGAAAGAUUUUGCGGACCGAUUGGCCGCCCUUUUCUAUGAAAGAGGUGUCAGCAAUGGAGACUUUGUUGGUGUCUUUACUACCAACUCUCCAGAAAUGGUUGCUAUCAUUUACGCGCUCUCAAAGCUCGGAGCUGUUGCUGCUCUCAUCAACGUCAACUUGCGAGACGAUACCUUCGUCCACUGUCUCAAUGUUUCCGGCUCCAAGCUUAUUAUAUCAACCCCAGACAUUUCACAGCAUGUAUGCUCAGACUUACCGCAUCUCUCUUUCAACAUAUCAUCUUUUGAUGGGACAUCUGCUGUGUCCGAGCUCAUCACACCAGCGGAUCUUCAACAAUACUCACCAGCCACCUUAUCAGCUGCAAAGCGGACUCCAAGUGAUCUAUCAGCACUCAUCUAUACGUCAGGCACAACAGGCAAGCCGAAAGCUUGUGCCAUACGCAAUAUGAUGGCCUUGAUAACCUCAAAUCCCCUCUCCCAGGAUGUCAACAAUCCCUCGAGGUACUUUCCACUUCGAACCUACUGCUCACUUCCUCUUUUCCAUGGUACAGCCUACUUUACCGGGCUGUGUUACUCUGUCGGCAAUGCAGGAACACUCUGUAUCCGCCGCAAAUUUUCUGCUUCCAAGUUCUGGAAGGAUGUACAUGACUCGAGGGCGACGCGUAUUCUCUAUAUUGGAGAGCUUUGCAGGUACCUGCUAGCUUCAUCCCCAUCACCCUAUGAUCAAGACCACUCAUGCAUCGUUGCCGCCGGUAACGGCCUGCGCGGAGACAUCUGGGAGAGUUUCCGUAACAGAUUCAACGUUCCUGAAAUCCGCGAGUUCUACCGGUCAACAGAAGGCAUCGCCAAGUACGACAACUUUGGCUUUGGAUCUUGGGGUGCUGGGAAGGUUGGGUUUUCCGGGCCCAUAAGGCGACUUUUUGAAGACGACACGAUCAUUGUGAAGUACGACACGGAUACGGAAAUGCCCUAUCGAGACCCCAAGACGGGCUUCUGUAUCAGGGCAAAUAUUGGAGAGGAAGGGGAAGCCAUCGGCCGUGUGCGAAAUCGUGGGUUGCUGACCGAAUACCUCAAGAAUGAAGAAGCCACCGAGAAAAAGCUUCUCCGAGACGUGUUUGAAAAGGGUGAUCUUUUCCAACGCACUGGAGAUCUGCUUGUGCAGGACUUUGAUGGCUGGGUGAAGUUUCAAGAUCGGGUGGGCGAUACCUUCCGCUGGAAGGGUGAGAACGUCAGUGCCGGGGAGAUCAGAGAUCAUAUCUGCCAGAUCCCGGGCGUACAUGAUGCUGUCGUCUAUGGCGUGAAGCUGACCGCAUACGAUGGCCAGGCAGGAGCUGCAGGUAUCACGCUGGAUGAUCCGUCCGAGUCAGCGGCGGCCGAGUUCACAACCAAACUGUACAGCGAAUUGAAAAAGAAGGGCGUCCCUUCAUACGCCCUACCACGUCUUGUCCGGUUGACAGAAAAGGUGGCAACCGGAGUUACGUUCAAGCAAGCCAAGGGCGAGUUGACGAAGAAAGGCUGGAAUCCUCAGGGUGACUGGAACGGCGACAAGCUAUACUGGCUGAAUGGCACGAAGUAUGAGAAACUUACUGAUUUGAGCUGGUCUACGAUUGAGAGCGGGUUGGCCAAGUUGUGAGGCAUUGUUGAUAGUCGUUUGAUAGACCUUGGGGUACAUGCUGUAUAGUAUAUAUUAGAUGGAGUCUACAGGAAGAUCCAGGGUAAUUCAUGGCAUCUUGUGCUGCUUGCACUAUAUAUAGUACCCAGCCACAUUUGUCACAUAGUAAACUUGACAACUUGCCUGGUUUAUUCUCGAGUUCCAACUUGAUCUCGGUUGCCCCCUGGUGAGAUCAAGCAAGUCCAAGCCAUCGGGAUCCACAACCAUUCUUUUUGCCCCACAGCAAAGAUCAAUCAAGUGUUUAACUUGAUGAGAUCGCCACGCUUAUCUAACUUACCAACCGUUGUCUGCCGUCUAAAAGUCGCUCUUUAGCGAGUCUGCGAUGGCUUUCCUGGACUAGUCAAUUCGGAUCAU